CAGUUCAAGAAGCCGAGGAAUUGAUAAAAGAAUUACAAAGACAUAAAGCAAAACUAAAUGACCCUAAUGCUACUCCCGAAGAAAAAGACUUAGCCAAGAGAAUGAUACCAAUUAUUGAAAAUCAAAUAAGUGAAAAAGACAAAAAAAUUAGCGAUAUAGACCGGAAAAUAGAAGAUUUAUUAAAAACUAUUCCCGGAACAGAUAACAAAAACAAAGGAGGAUUAAUUAACUUGGGAAAUAUGGAUUCACAAACUAAACUAAUUGUUGGAGCCAUUAUCUUUUUAAUAAUUUACUUUGCUUUUAUAAAGGAGAAAGAUAAUUAA